GUGGUUUGGAUGCGGAAAUCGUAGUCAGUGUCGGGAGCGUGUGCGUUACAUGCACGCGCGCGCGGAUCAUCUGAUGACGUGGUGUGCCGCUCGCUCAGCUGCGCGAGAGGAUGGCGGACCAGAACAGGCAAAUCAAACUCGCUGCAGCCAAGAAAAAGCUGAAGGAGUUUCAGCAGAAGACAACCCCAUCCACAGGAAGUGCUGGACCGAAGAAGAAGAGGAAGGUUAGAGGAGGAGAUCAGCUGGACGCAGCUGCGGACAGACACUCGCCGGACAACAUUGAGAAUAUUCUCAAAGUUAUGGUGUCUGAUCUUAGUCUGACUAAUGGAGUGUCUCAGCCUCACAGUCAGGAUGAUGUGGAUGCGGUGAGGCGUGUGUCGCAGGAGCUGGAGGAGACCAGCGCUGAACCCGUCUCUAACCCUGCUUCUGCUAUUAACUCUGAUAACGCUGGCCCGCAGGUCUGUCUGUCUCCGUGUCACUCACCUUAGCUGGCAGCUCACCAG